AUGAACAACCCCGCCUUACCCAUAUACGCUUCCCAGAACCCAGGACCGUACGCUUUCAGCAAUUCCCAGCCCAAUGUCGGCUACUCCAUCCCUCUCGGAACUCCCUUUGACCAUGCCCAGACUCCAUUUCAGUCGGGCAUGAUCCCAAACCAGAUGCAAAGGCCCUUAUCCCACCAUCACCAGGCGCAGCAACCUCUAUCUCACCAGCUCUACCAACAGCAUCCUGCCCAGAUUGGCACGGUGCCACGGCCAGAUAGUCGAUCCAGCUAUAGCGGACAGUCCAAAGGGCAUCCCUCCAAUGGUCAAAAUCCUCUCCCCGUCCCAGUGACCCAAGGUACCAAUCCGGCGCCAAGUCCUGCUCAGUUACAGAGUGCCAUCACUUCUGCUCAGUCCUUCCCAUCUACGUCUGCGCCGGUGCCGCUGGAUAUGAACAUGGCGGGAAAUAUGACACUUCAAGGGCAGUCUAGUUCCACGUUGGCUCAACAAGCCCAGAUACAGAAUGCGACACAAGUGGCCCGCGCUGCUCCCCAACAGCAGCAGCAGCAGCAGCAGCAACAGCAACAACAACAACAACAAACAAGCGCUGGUUCGGCGACCUCACCACAAUCAGCUGCGAGGGAGCGAGCGCGGGUCGCAGUGUUAUUGGAGAUUAAUACGCAGUUGCUGCAAGAGGUUGUAUCAUUACAGGCGCAGGGAAAAGCCGGGACCACACCGACUCAGGGACAACAAUCACCAACCUCGCCCACCUCGGCAACAGAUCCGGCCAACGCGAUUACCAACAGCCCAGGAGAGCCGCCAAAAUCAGCAGGGGGAACACCUCAAUCGAAGCCGCCAUCACCUGAGUAUGCAGAAUGCAUGCGACGCUUACAGGCUAAUCUGUCCUACUUGGCUGCUAUUGCUGAUGCAAAAAAGAAGAUCAAUGGAGCAGUGCCCUCUGGUCCAGCAAUAAUGAUUCCUCCGCCUCACUUCCCGCAGGUAAAUGACUUAUAUAAAAAAUUGAAUGCCCUCUUCCCGGAAGCAAGCCAUUCGGCGAUCAACAAAGCAAUGGCGCAAGCGGCAGUCCAAAACCAGAGCAUGGCUCCAAAACCGCAAACAGCAUUCACUCCUGCGCAAGGGUGA